AUGGCAACAGACGCUGGAAUUAGGGUCCAGCGAAUUGGAAUAGACCUAGACGCGCCGGAGGGCAGCGACGAGCUCGAAUUCCACUGUGCGCGAAUACGGCGCAUAGAGAAUCUCGCGGACCUGACCGGACUGAAGGCAAUGUCAAGUUUAGUGGAAAAAAUUGAGAAUUUGGAAGCCAAUCGGGAAUUGGAGGUACUCGACCUGUACCAGAACAGCAUCGCAGCUAUUGAGAAUAUCGACCACCUUGUGAACCUUCGCGUUCUGGAUUUGUCAUUUAACCGUAUCGAGAGAAUCGCUAAUGUUAACAGCCUAACGAACCUGCGUGAGCUAUAUCUCACCAGUAACCGAAUCGCAAAGGUGGAAAAUAUUGGUAGCUUAGCGGAUCUGGAGCUGCUGGAGCUCGGAUCGAACUGUAUCCGCGAGUACGAUGAGAUUCGGCUGCUGCCACGGCUAAAAGCGCUGUGGCUAGGGCGCAACAAAAUCACGCACAUGCGAUUACCUCCGUUGCCGAACCUUACCACGUGCAGUUUGCAGAACAACCGCAUAUGCGAAUGGGCGCCAGAAAUCGCUAGCAGCUGCCCAGAGCUCCAGGAACUGUACCUCAGCUUUAACCGCCUAUCUGAGAUACCGCCUCUGGUCAACCGCAUGCGGAAACUCACGAUUUUGGACCUCGGAAACAAUCACAUUGCCCGAAUCAACAUCGAGGAGCCAAACGACUGCGUCGUGGAGCUUUGGCUGAACGACAACGCCAUAGAAGAUGAGCGUGACAUAGAACCCCUGAAGCUCUUCCGGUGCCUCAAGGUCCUGUACCUUGAGCGCAACCCUAUUCAGGCGAAGCUCGGCCCCGGCUACCGCAACAGAAUUUUGCACAUCCUACCACAACUAAUGCAGCUUGACGCUUUGGCGGCGGGAAACCGCGUCACAUAA